CUUCGCCCUGGAUGGGGAAACCCACCAUCGAUUAUCCUUUCCGGCGACGAUAUCCGCCGUGUUUUCGACCUUUACUCCUUCUCCGACACCGCCAACUUCGCUAAUCUGGACAACCACAUUCCCUUCUCCAACGCCCAUUUCACCAGCUUCUACGACUCACGCGCUACCGCCACCGCCACCGCCACCGCCACCGCCACUUCAUACAACCCGCCCCCGGCCUCCUACAACAGCCGAAUCGGGCUCAACCUCGGCGGCAGGACCUACUUCGCCUCCUCCGAAGACGACUUCGUGAACCGUCUCUACAGCCGGUCCAGGAUCAUCGAGCCCGGUCCAAUCAACUCACCCCGCUGCCAGGCCCAAGGAUGCAACGCCGAUUUGACCCACGCCAAGCACUACCACCGCCGCCACAAGGUCUGCGAGUUUCACUCCAAGGCCGCCACCGUUAUCGCCGCCGGCUUGACCCAGCGCUUCUGCCAGCAAUGCAGCAGAUUCCAGCUGCUCUCGGAAUUCGACAACGGCAAGAGAAGCUGCCGCAAAAGGUUUGCCGACCACAACCGCCGCCGCCGCAAAUCCCACCCCAAAAUCACCUCCGCAUCUGAAAACCUUGCAAGUAGUAAAAUACUUCACCUCUAAAAACUAAAACUCUCUUCACAAUCCUAUUCCUUCUGCUCCAUACUAGUAGAGUCAUUUCAUUAUCUACAUUAAUUCUUUUUUUUUAUUUUAUUCUAUCUCUACUUUAACUAUUUGUUAUCAUUUUUCAAAAACUAAUAUAUAAAAUGAAAUGACUCUAGAACAUAGAGUAGUAAUUAGUAAAAAAAUAUGUAGACUAAUUUUGACAAAACAUUUUUGGGUAGCCAAAUAUGAACAAUGUACCUUCAUGUUUCAGGGGAUUCAUUUCCCACUUUGCAUGCCUAACUUCAGCUUUGACUGUUUUCAUAUUAAUGAGAAAAAAGAGUUUUUCA